AUGGCCAAGGUAGCGCCUGUUGUUGCCCUGUCGCAUGGCGGAGGCCCUAUGCCCCUCCUCGACGACCCUAGCCACAAGGACAUCAUCUACUCUCUCAAGAACCGCGUACCCAAGAUUCUCAAGCUGGGCACCCCGGAACAGCCCCGCGCCAUCGUCCUCGUCACAGCUCACUGGUCCACCGACAAGCCCACCAUCUCAUCCGGCGCAUCGCAUCGUCUGCUGUACGAUUACUAUGGUUUCCCCCGCGAGACAUAUUCCCUCAAGUACCCAGCCCCAGGACAUCCCGAGGUGGCCCGUGAGGUUGCGGAUGCUCUCAAGGAGGAAGGUCUCGAGCCUGAGCUAGACGAUGAGCGUGGCUGGGAUCACGGCGUCUUUAUUCCUCUGCUUCUCGUCAACCCCAAGGCCGAUGUCCCCGUGGUGCAAAUGUCGGUUCUUGAGUCUGAAGACCCUGAGCAACACCUUCGUAUGGGUAAGGCGCUAGCCCGUCUCCGAGCCAGCAACGUCGCCAUCAUCGGCUCCGGCUUCGCAAGCUUUCACAACCUUGGCAUCAUGCGACAGCUUAUGAUGGCCGGACCUUCUCAGCGCGCUCAGUUCCGAGGUGUAAGCGAUGCAUGGAACAGGGCCCUUACCGACGCGACAGUCAGCAAGGACAGGAAUGAGGCUCUCAAAGGGUGGCGCAAGUUUCCUCACGCAGAUACCAUGCACCCACCUCACGGAGGCGAACACUUUAUGCCGCUGCUCGUAUGCGCCGGUGCUGCGGUGGAGGGUGAAGAGACGGGGAGGUAUAGCGAUGAGUUUGCGGGGGUUGAGAUUAAUACCUAUUACUGGGGUGCCGACAAGAACGGGAACCUAUAG